AUGGUUGCCAUGUCUAUCAAAUCAAGGGACACUUUAACAUAUCAAAUAUAUUACAAAGGCCAAGUGCCUUACUGUUCUGACUGGUCUUAUCUUAUUAAGAGUUUUUAUUGGAGGUUUUAAUUGUUUAUUAAAAUAUUAAUGAAUAGUGUUCAAAGUUAAAAGAGGCGGAAAGCAGAUCUGGCAACCCAAUAUGUCAUUUUCAGCGCGGGAAAAACGUAACACGGAAGUGUUUCGCUCAUCUCUGUGCUACAACGUCAACAGAAGAGGCCAAACUGUUUUGUUUUUCCACACAAUAGAUACCAUUUUAACCUUCGCUUCCAGUUUAUAUCUGACUAGUUAGACAUUAGCAAGUACAUUUGGCAAACUUUAUGCCUUUACGGUUAUCAUGGAUCGCUACAACGAGGUGAAGCUGCUGCUUAAAACAUGGGAGCAGGGAUUUGUCGAGCAGCACCACAGGAAACCCAACAAGGAGGACGUUGAUGAAGCCUCAGAGGAAACGAAGAAUCUAUAUAAAGAAUACCGCAGUUUGAAACAAGCCAAAGAGAACAGCAGCGGUAGCAGUGAUGCAACUAGUAAACCCAUCAAACCAACCCAGAAGGAGUCCGAAUGCUGGGGUUCCCAUUUAAAUCGCAGUGUGAGGCCAGCAUCUUUGCUCAGAGUGACAGACAAAGACAGUCUGAAGGCCUCUGCACAAUACUAUGGACUCAAAUUCAAGCACAACCUAGCAACAUUGACUCACAAGGAGAAAGCCGCCUCUUUGAAAAGAUCAGGUCGUGUGCCUCUGAACUUCUUAAAGGAUGAUGUACGGAAGACUAACUUGGUCACCUCAUCGUCAAACGCAGAAUUCAGUCCCUUAUCACCAAGAAGGAUAAAGCUUGGCCUUUCCAGCAAAGUCCAACCAGUGGAGUCUGAAGAUCCCUUUAAAGCAUUCCAACCUGUUGCUGGAUGUACAAGAGAGUCGCUUAGUUCUGUUAAAGGAAGUGAUACCAGAAAGAUAUGUGCUAAUACAGAUGAAGAGGCUUCAUCUGCAGGCAGUCUAGCAAACACAGGAGGAGAAAAAGACACAGAACAUCUUAAAGGGGCUUCACAUGGAAGCCUGGUAGAUGUAUGUGUUGGCACAGCCACCUCAAAUGGCAGCCCGUGCCUUUUAGGAGGAAUCCCAGUAGGAAUAGUUUCUAAGGUUGCUGAUCAGAGGCCUUCCCCUGCCAGCAGGCUGGGCUUUGUGGACAAGAAAUGGCUGGAGAGGUGUCAGGUGUUUAGAGAGAUGGAAGCUGAGGAGAGACCUGGAGCUGGCAACCAGGAGAGAGUUUUGGUAGUGGGAAAGAAGGACAAGGAAGAAGAUGUAGUUGGAAAAGAUUUUAUUCAAGAAAAAAAGACAGCAGUGAGAAAUGUUUCGACUCCGAAUGAGAGUGAAAUUGAAGCGGUACCUGUUCAACAAUGCACUGGAAAGCAAGGAAACACUGUGGAACACCUGACAACAUCAUUACCAGCAGAAGAUCCUCCUUCAUCCAGUGGUGCUAAGAAGAGGCAGAGGGAGAUGGAGAUGACACAGGGAGAAGAAGGUGGCCCCAAAAAGAGAAGACAAAAUGCUAAAAAGAGUGGGAAGUGUGAUGGGAAGGUUGAAGAAGGAGGUGGGAAAAGAAGAACCAAGAGGAGCAAGAAAAAGGGAAAAGAUAAUGAUGAAGCAGAAGCAGAGGAAGACACUCAGGUGCCAAGGAGGUUGCCCCAGGAGAACCUGUUAGGAGAAAUAGAGGAAGAAUAUAGCACCAAGAGAUCAUGCCGUGCGCAGUCGGCCAGAGCUAGAGGCACGAAAGCUGCAGAAGGCAACUUUGUAAAGAUAAACCUGAAGAAGAAAUCUCAUGUUAAAGGUUAUGCUCUAAGAGGGCUUGCCCUACGCAAACAAUUGUACAUGCAGAAGUUCCAGCUGAAAGGCGAACGUUUUGGUGGAGGAUACUUUUGCAAAGGCAAGAGAGGUGGCUUUAGAGGAGGCCACAGUCGCCUGAGUGACACUUGCUACAAGUGUGGCGGCACUGGACACUGGGCCAUUGACUGCAAGGGAGCAGCUCCGCUGGCGUCUGUUCCUGACAACAAGCCUGUUGUGGAGGAGCCCUUUGAGCUCCCUACUUUGGAGGAGGUUGCCAGGGCAACAGGAACACUGCAACCCCAGCAGCCACAAGACGAAGAGCAGCAACUGCAGAACCUGGACAACAAAGAUGAGGCUCUAUUGAACGUGAUUCGACCAGACUACGAGCGCCUGCCACCUCCGCAGCCUGUGGAGCCGCUUUAUGGCCUCACGGAUGAUGGCAAAGUUCAAGCAACACCAGGCGAGGUCUUCGCUGCUCUUCAAGAACUCGGCUAUGGCUCAUUCAGAGCGGGACAGGAGGAAGCCAUCAUGAGGAUCCUGUCAGGUCUCUCCACCCUAGUUGUGCUGUCAACAGGGAUGGGCAAGUCCUUGUGUUAUCAGCUCCCAGCGUACCUGUAUGCCAAGCGAUCCAAGUGUAUCACUUUGGUCAUCUCGCCUCUUGUCUCACUGAUGGAUGACCAGCUCUCUGGCCUGCCCGCCAAACUGAAAGCCGUCUGCAUCCACUCCAACAUGACAAUGAAACAGAGAGAAGCUGCUGUAGAAAAGGUGAAGACGGGUCAGGUGUGUGUGCUACUGCUCUCCCCAGAGGCACUAGUAGGAGGUGGCCGCUCAAGUUCAGGGUGUCUUCCCACGGCUCAAGAGCUCCCCCCUGUGGCCUUUGCGUGUAUCGAUGAGGCACAUUGCGUGUCCGAGUGGUCGCACAACUUCAGGCCUUGCUACUUGAGGCUUUGUAAGGUGCUCAGGGAGCGUUUGGGCGUGAAGUGCCUGCUGGGACUCACUGCAACGGCUACGCUGUCCACCGCUCUGGACAUAGCUCAACACUUGGACAUCAACGACCAGGACGGCAUUGCGGUGCGCUCUGCCGCCGUGCCCACCAACCUACAUCUGUCUGUGUCCAUGGACCGAGAAAAAGAUCAUGCUGUUGUGUCUUUGCUAAAAGGUGAUCGUUUUGGUUGUCUGGACUCCAUCAUCGUCUACUGCACCAGAAGAGAGGAGACGACUCGUGUGGCUGCGCUGCUCAGGACCUGCCUGCAGGGGGUACUGCUGAAAGAGAACAAACACAUCAUCAGCCAAACACAAAGCAACCCGGUUGGGCAGAGGAAGAAAGAACUGGCAAGGAAAAAGAUCCGUAAGCCUCUCAAGUGGCAAGCUGAGUCAUACCACGCUGGCCUCUCCGCGUCAGAGCGACGUCGGGUUCAGAACAACUUCAUGUGCGGCGAGCUCAGAAUUGUGGUGGCCACGGUGGCGUUUGGCAUGGGCUUGGACAAGUCCGACGUGCGUGGUAUCGUUCACUACAACAUGCCCAAGAGCUUUGAGAGCUACGUUCAAGAAAUCGGGAGAGCGGGGAGAGAUGGGGAACCGGCACACUGUCAUCUUUUUCUUGACCCUGAGGGUAUGGACCUCCCCGAGCUGCGUCGGCACAUCUACUCAGACACAGUGGACUACUACACGGUAAAGAGGUUGGUCGAGAAGGUGUUCCCUGUGUGCAAAUGCAAAAAAAUACACCAGAAACAACAGGAACUAACCAAGGAGGACGUUGAUGACGCAGAACUGCUGGAGAUGAUGGAGCUUUGUGAGCAGGAAAGCAGCCUUAACCCCUGUGCCCAGCAGGAAGUGGCCCAGUCCACAGACAGCAGUCAUCCAGGGAGGAAGACUGAGGAAAAAUCUGAUGAGCUGGAAGUACAAAGCAAAGAGUGGCCCAGAGAACGAGUGUGUCACACUCAUGAGAGAGCAAUUCCCAUCCAGGAGACUGUGGAGGCUCUUGACAUCACAGAGGAGGGUAUCGAGACGCUGCUGUGCUACCUGGAGUUGCAUCCUCAGCGCUUUGUGGAGCUUCUCCACUCCACCCUGUCAGUGUGCAAAGUCAGCUGCUAUGAUGGACCCAGGCAGCUCCAGAAAGUCACCAAAAUCUGUGCACCUGUUGCUGUAGUCCUGGCGAGGAGGCGCAUGGCCGGAGAGCUUGUGGAGACGUGGGACCAGCUGGAAUUUGACGUGGUGGAGGUGGCUGACACGAUGGGGUGGCAGCUGCCUCUGGUCAAGCGGGGGCUCAGGCAGCUUCAGUGGAGCUUCGCUGGUGGACGGAGUGGCAUCCAUGUGGAGUUCUCCUCCCUGUCUUUCUACUUCCGUUCCUACGGCGACCUGAGCGACGAGGAGCUUGACCGCGUUUGUCAAUUCCUGCACAAGCGCGUGCAGGAUCAGGAGCGGUCGCAGCUCUACCAGCUGAGCGCCUGCUUUAAGGCUUUCAAAAGUGUUGCCUUCCAAAAUGUGGUGUCCUGCAUGGAGGAUUUAGACGAGGCUCGCAGUUUCCAACUGAAAGACCUUCUCUCUGACUACUUUGACAAGAGACGGGACAGAGACCUCACCCAGCAUCCGUUAGACGUACAUGAGAGUCUGGAUCAGUACAAGAUCCUAGACUGGGAAAACCAGAUCAGGGCAGACAUAAGGAGCUUCCUCUCGACUAGAAGUGAUGAGAAGUUCACAGGAAGGGCCAUCGCCAGAAUCCUGCAUGGUAUUGGAAGUCCAUGUUACCCAGCUCAAACAUACGGCAGAGACCGACGCUACUGGAGAAAGUACAUCCAGUUUGAUUUCAAUCAGCUCAUCAGGAUUGCUACUCAGGAGAUCAUCCAGUUUAAGUGAGCCACGUUAUAACAAAAAUAUGUAUAUUUAUCAAAUUGGGAAAAAAAAAGCCCUUUUCACCGAUGACUGACUGAAUAAAAUAUGUAUUUUUCUAACAUUGCAAUCGUGUUUGGUAACUUGAUGCUGCAUUAAAGUACAACUUACAGUGCAAAAUUCCAAUCAAAAUUCUGUAAUUUCAAGGCUCAAAACAUGCAGCUGUUGUUUACCGUUCUAGUUAGCUGUGUUUCUUAUAUUCUGCAGAGGAUAUCUGCAAAAUUGAAAGUUAUAGGUGGCUUAAAAACAGCUGACAGCAGUGCAAUGUUUUCUUCAGUCAGCAGGACUCUGUGCUGUCAUUUGCAACAUUUGAUGCUUUAAGGAUCAGCACAUGAAUUGAACUGUGCAACAUCAUUGAAGUCACAUCACACACUUACAGUAUAAUGUAUGUACUGUAAAUGUGUGUGAUGAGUUGUCACUGGACUCUGUCCCUCAUGAAGACGUUCAUGUAACCAUGUCAAAGUGUAGAUUAGAUGAGGCAAAUGAUAAAGGAAACUUUCUACUAACAGUUUGGACACAACUAGGUGCAAAAGGAAAAGCAAACAUCUAAAACAUACCGAAUAUUUGACUUGAUUUAAUUUGCGAAUGUAUAUAUAACAUGCAAAUUCAAAUUAUAACAUGUAAUAAUGAUGAAGUUAAAUAUCUCAGAGCAUUUGUUAGACUUAAAUGGUCAGUCCUCGGAUGAGCGGCGAAAACGUCUUCCAAGACAAACCAAACAGUCCAGUUGUGAUCGACUGAAUGCCCUGAUAAUAACCUGGAUGAAUAAGAACAUCCAUAGAAUUACAAACCCCGUUUCCAUACGAGUUGGGAAAUUGUGUUAAAUGUAAAUAUAAACUGAAUACAAUGAUUUGCACAUACUUUUCAACCCACAUUCAAUUGAAUAUACUACAAAGACAAGUUAUUUGAUGUUAAAACUCAUAAACUUUAUUUUUAUUUUGCAAAUAAUAAUUAACUUAGAAUUUCGUGGUUGCAAAACGUGCCAAAGUAGUUGGGAAAGGGCAUGUUCACCACUGUGUUACAUCACCUUUUCUUUCAACAACACUCAAUAAACGUUUGGGAACUGAGGAAACUAAUUGCUAAAGCUUUGAAAGUGGAAUUAUUUCUCAUUCUUGCUUUAUGUAGAGCUUCAGUCGUCCAACAGUCCGGGGUCUCCGCUGUUGUAUUUUACGCUUCAUAAUGCACUACACGUUUUCCAUGGGAGACAGGUCUGGACUGCAAGCAGGCCAGGAAAGUACCUGCACUCUUUUUUUUACAAAGCCACGCUGUUGUAACACGUGCUGAAUGUGGCUUGGCAUUGUCUUGCUAAAAUAAGCAAUGGUGUCCAUGA